AGCUCAUCUUGAAGUUAAUAACCAAAGUAUAAGCAAUAAAAUGUCAGACAACAAGAAGCCUGAAUUGGCCAACGAAUCCGUUUUCGUUCCAUCUAUCCCUGUUCCAGAUGAUUUUGUUGAAGUCAGCGGAAUUGACUACUCCAAGGACUCUGCGUAUAACAUGCGUGCCACUGAUAUGAUCGAUUCCAUGAGAACCAUGGGAUUCCAAGCUUCCUCCUUGGGUAAGGCAUGUGACAUUAUCCAGGAUAUGCGUUCAUGGAGAGGUCAACAUAUCGACUCCUUACCUGAACACGAAAGAGGUGGGGAAUUCGACUCUGAAGGCUUCCAAAAGACAACCAUUUUUAUGGGAUUUACUUCCAACUUAAUCUCUUCCGGUUUGAGAGAUACUUUGAGAUACUUAGUUCAACACAAGAUGGUCAGUGCUAUUGUUGCAAGUGCUGGAGGUGUUGAAGAAGAUUUGAUCAAAUGUUUGGCCCCAACUUACAUGGGAGAAUUCAGUUUACCAGGUAAAGGAUUAAGAGAUCAAGGGAUGAAUAGAAUUGGUAAUUUAUUGGUUCCAAAUGAUAACUACUGUAAAUUCGAAGAAUGGAUUGUUCCAGUGUUAGAAAAAUGUUUAGAAGAACAAGAAGAAGCCAUGAAGGUUGCCGGAUCUGAGGGAAUGUAUGCUGGAUCUGCUGCUUGUUGGACCCCAUCCAAACUUAUUGACAGACUUGGUAAGGAAAUCAAUGACGAAAGUUCCGUUUUAUACUGGGCUCACAAGAACAAGAUUCCUAUCUUUUCUCCUGCAUUAACCGAUGGUUCCAUUGGUGACAUGUUGUUUUUCCAUACUUUCAAGGCCUCCCCACAACAAUUCCGUUUAGAUAUUGUUGAAGAUAUUCGUAAGAUUAAUUCCAUGUCUAUGGAAGCAUCUCAUGCUGGUAUGAUUAUUCUUGGAGGUGGGUUAAUUAAGCAUCACAUUUGUAAUGCUUGUUUGAUGAGAAAUGGUGCUGACUAUGCUGUAUAUAUCAACACUGGUCAAGAAUUUGAUGGUUCUGAUGCUGGUGCUCGUCCUGAUGAAGCAGUCAGUUGGGGUAAGAUUAAGGCAGAUGCUUCUCUGGUGAAGCUUUAUGCCGAUGUUUCCGUUGUUUUCCCAUUGAUUGUAGCUGCAACAUUUGCAGCCGAAAGACCUCAACAACUGUAAAUAGUACAUAAAGUC